UUUACGUCCCGCGCUCCACUUUAAUUGCCGGAACCCUUUCCUCCCUGGCCAAAACCCCACCUUUUCCAGUCGCAUUGUCCUCCGCAUCUCCUCUCUCCACCCUGAUCAUGUUCUUCUCCCGGAGGUCCACCGAUUGAUCCCGGUUUCAUCUCUGUUCUUGGGGGAAAGGUGGCAGAUCCGAUCGAUUCCUAGGGCUUCCUUUUGCGCCAGAUCAUGGUGGAGGUCUCCUCCUCCGGGUGGAGAUCGACGUUCCAUCAGCACCCCAGAUGGCUGAUGGGGCUCCUUACGAUGCACAGGACGCUGGUUCUGGCGCUCUGGGUCGUGGGGUUCUGUCUGGUGUUCGGAUGGCAGGUGAGCUCCAUUGACGGGAUCACGCUCUUCCGGCGGAGGGUGGCGGUGGCGCGCCCGUUGCCGAGGCUGCGACCCGUGGCGUUCAAUUUGACGGAUUUCGGAGGGGUCGGGGAUGGGAAGACGUUGAACACCGCGGCGUUUGAGCGCGCCGUGGAGGCGAUUUCGAAGCUUGGGUCGAGAGGAGGCGGGCAGCUCAAUGUGCCGGCUGGGCUCUGGCUCACAGCGCCCUUCAAUCUCACCAGCCACAUGACUCUUUUCCUCGCCGAGGAUGCAGUGAUUCUUGGAAUCGAGGAUGAGAGUUACUGGCCCUUGAUGCCUCCUUUGCCAUCGUAUGGAUAUGGCCGAGAACACAAGGGACCUCGAUAUGGAAGUCUCAUUCAUGGCCAAAAUCUGAAGGAUAUUGUUAUAACUGGACAUAAUGGUACGAUCAAUGGUCAAGGUCAGGCUUGGUGGACAAAAUACAAAAAAAGGAUUCUCACAUAUACAAGAGGUCCUCUUGUUCAACUCAUGUGGUCCAAGGAUAUAGUCAUUUCCAACAUAACACUUCGUGACUCUCCUUUCUGGACGCUUCAUCCCUUUGACUGCAAAAAUGUGACAAUUUCAAAAGUCACCAUUUUGGCUCCCAUUUUUGGAGCUCCAAACACAGAUGGUAUUGACCCAGAUUCUUGUGAGGAUGUGUUGAUAGAGAACUCUUAUAUAUGUGUAGGCGAUGAUGCAGUAGCCAUAAAGAGUGGCUGGGAUCAGUAUGGAAUAGCAUAUGGGCGUCCAUCUACCAACAUAACACUUCGUAAUCUCACUGUUCGUUCUGUUGUGAGUGCUGGAGUAUCCAUAGGCAGUGAGAUGUCUGGAGGAGUUUCAAAUGUCACAGUUGACAACCUUAUUGUUUGGGAGUCACGACGAGGGAUAAGAAUAAAGACAGCCCCAGGAAGAGGCGGCUAUAUUCGCAAUAUCACCUAUCGGAAUGUGACUCUCGAUAAUGUUCGCGUUGGAAUUAUGAUCAAGACGGACUACAAUGAGCAUCCUGAUGAAGGCUUCGACCCAAAAGCCAUGCCUAUAAUUGCUAACAUAUCCUUCAGUGGGAUUCAUGGUCAGGGUGUUCGUGUUCCAGUUCGGAUCCACGGCAGUGAAGAUAUCCCUGUGAAGGGUGUUAGCUUCCAGGAUAUGUCUGUGGGUUUAACCUAUAAGAAGAAGCAUAUCUUCCAAUGCUCAUUUAUCAAGGGUCGUGUGAUAGGGCUCAUUUUCCCUUCACCAUGUGAGAACCUUGACCUAUACGAUGAACAGGGGAAUCUGGUAAAGCAGUCAGCGUCACAGAACAUCACCGACAUCGACUAUGACAUUUGACAUUCUUAUUAAAUUGGUGGUGGUACUGUUAGCCAUUACAUUGCUGAUAGAACUUCCUUAAAGCGUAUGUAUCAAGCUGUCCACUCCCAUCUUUGGCUUGUAUGAAUAGAGGUUUCUUUUGUUCAUAUUGUUGGUGAUGAAAUCUUCAGGUCCUUUGCAUGA